AGAUACAAAAGAUAUCCGUCUCACUCGAACGAAAAGAAGCAUCCUCUUUGGUUUCUUUAAUAAUAAAAAAUAAAUUUGAUCCUGGAACUUUUUUUUUGUUUUGUUUUUUUAUAUUGUACAACAAACAUAUUAGUAAUUCAUACGAAAAGUGAGAUUGUGUUUCUGAAGUGAUUGCGAUUAAAAUAAAUAAAAAAUGGCAACAGUAGUACCUGAUCAAGAUUCAAUCCAAACCUUCAUGAGUAUCACCGGUUCAUCUGAACCGCUUGCAAUCCAGAAACUCACGGAGCAUGGUGGCGAUCUUAAUCAAGCAGUUAAUUCGCAUUUUAGUGAAGGCGAUACAAACAUAGUACAUGGAACCAAUGUAGCUGAUGCACAGGAAGAUUUCAUGGACGUAGAUGAGCCAAGUGAAAUUGAAACUCAUAGACAACCAUUCUUACCUUUUGCUUCUGCCAGAGAUACCAUGAACCCGUUCUCCCUUCUUGACCCAAACUUGAACAGACAAACAAUUGAUAGUGGUGGAGGGGUUACUGGUUCUGGAGCAUUUGAGGAUGCUUCUGAGACCCUUCCAAGAAACGUUUUUGAAACUCAUGGGACCCUGAGUCUUGAUGACGAUGAUUUUCCGUCUCUUCAAGCCUCUAAUCCUAUAGGGCUGGGUGAACAGAACGAAGGUGUCUUGGGUGGUGUAUCUCAUGAUUCACGUUUCAGUCCGAGUGCUCCUGCAAUUAGUCAUUUACCUGACUAUGGUAUAGAAGAGCAGAUGAUCCAAGCUGCAAUUGAGGCCUCUAAACGUGAGGCUGAAAUUGGUCAACCAGAUGAUUCUGUAUCACUUCAGAGGCAAUCUGAGUCAGAGGAUCCUGAAAUCUCUGUUGCAUUAUCUGCAUCCUUAAAGUCAGCUGAACAAGAGAACACCGUUCAUGAACCAGAAUCUGAAGCUGGACCAUCAGUGACAAGAGCUUCUAAGUUGGUCGAGGUUGAAGAUGCCGUGGCAGUGACAUCAUUAUCAAAUGGAAGGAACUAUAGGUUGGACACUGGGAGCUUAUCCAUCCAGGAUGAAAUUGACCAUGCAGAUGAACUACCUCUAGUCAGGAAUAGGAGUCGACGCGUAUCUUCUAGAAACAUGGGUGAAGUGAAUUUGAGCUCGACCUCGGGUCCUACACAACAACAGAAUGUCAAUAGUUCCAUAGAAAGCGAUAGUGACUUCCCAUCUGAAUGGGGAGGUAUCUCGUCUGAAGAACACGACGAAGCGGUCAUGCUUGAAGCUGCUAUGUUUGGUGGAGUUCCUGAAGAGGAUACAUACCGUAUACCAUCUACCCGACAUCAUUACAUGCGGAAUGGUUUGGAUAGAACUGCCGGGCCUUACACAAGAUCAGUUCCUCGUCCUCCAUCUCCCUCCCUUACUGCUCAACGUUUGAUAAGGGAGCAACAGGAUGAUGAAUAUCUUGCAUCAUUGCAAGCCGACAGACAGAAGGAAUUACUGGAGCAGGCAGCUAGAGAAGCUGCUAUGGAAGAAGAAAGGAAAAUGGAGGAAGAGGCGAAGAUAAAAUUGGAACAAGAACAGGAAGCUGAGAGGCAGUUAGCAGCUAAGGAGGCUUCACUUCCUCAGGAACCUACAUCUGAUAAUGAAAAUGCCGUGACCCUUCUCGUGCGAAUGCCUGAUGGAAGCCGUCUUGGCCGUCGAUUUCUGAAGAGCGACAAGUUACAGUAUCUUUUCGAUUUCAUUGAUGUCGGCAGAGUGGUCAAGCCGAGCACAUAUAGAUUGGUGAGACCAUACCCUCGGCGUGCAUUCAGUGAUACAGAGCGUAACUUGACCUUCAACGAAGUUGGUUUGGCUAGCAAACAGGAGGCAUUAUUUCUUGAGAUAAUCUAACCAGGGUUGUAAAACUCGGCCUAAAAAUCGGAUCAGACUUGAGAUGAUCCAACCAUUAUGAUGAUGUAAAUUAUAAAAUAGUUUGUCUCCACAUGAACAUAGGGUCAUUGCUUGAAAUAUAUACACCUCAAAUUGAAUUUUAUAUUGUUUGGUUGAUAUGUGGUUCACUGUCUCGUCAACCAACUCAGGAUGUGCACGUUAGAUGGCAGAAUCAAUGGUUUAUAUUAGGGGCUCUGAUGGUUGAUGAGUAUGCCGCCGUACCUUCUGUAUUUAUGAAGUUGAUAUGGCGUUCACUAAAGUUAUAAACCUUACAGAUGGUGAUUGUUAAUGCUCUAAACUUUUAUA